GCGGAGGAGCUUUGCAUUACUCUGUGUUCAUCAGCGUAUAGUAAGAAUGAGUGGAAGAGGCAAAGGAGGAAAAGGACUCGGAAAAGGAGGCGCUAAGCGUCACCGUAAAGUCCUCCGUGAUAACAUCCAGGGAAUCACCAAGCCCGCUAUCCGCCGUCUGGCCCGCCGUGGUGGAGUGAAGCGUAUCUCUGGUCUGAUCUACGAGGAGACCCGCGGUGUGCUGAAGGUUUUCCUGGAGAACGUGAUCCGUGAUGCCGUCACUUACACUGAGCACGCCAAGAGAAAGACCGUGACUGCCAUGGAUGUGGUGUAUGCUCUGAAGAGGCAGGGCCGCACUCUGUACGGCUUCGGCGGCGUCCGCCUCCUGCUCCGGAUUCCUCAUCAGUUCAGUCAGACGCUCGUUGUCGUGAACACAUCACUGAGGAAAAAAAAAAUAAAAAUGGCAGAAGUCGCUCCAGCUCCAGCCGCCGCUGCUCCGGCAGCCAAAGCGCCCAAGAAGAAGGCUUCCAAGCCGAGGAAGGCUGGCCCCAGCGUCAGCGACCUCAUCGUGAAAGCUGUGGCCGCUUCCAAGGAGCGGAACGGCGUGUCCGCGGCCGCCCUCAAGAAGACUCUGGCUGCCGGAGGCUACGACGUGGAGAAGAACAAGGCCCGCGUUAAGAUCGCCAUCAGGAGCCUGGUGACUAAGGGAACUCUGCUCCAGACCAAGGGGACCGGGGCCUCCGGCUCCUUCAAGAUGAACAAGAAGGCGGCUGAGCCCAAAGCAAAGAAGCCAGUCAAGAAAGCCGCUCCCGCUGCCAAGAAGCCCGCAGCCAAGAAAUCCACAGCGGCUAAGAAGCCCAAAGCUGCGGCAGCAGCCAAGAAGGCAACAGCCACAAAGAAGUCCCCGAAGAAGGCCAAGAAAACCGCGACGCCCAAGAAAGUAGCCAAGAGCACCAAGAAGACUACCAAGAGUCCCAAGAAGGUGGCUAAGAAGGUGGCCAAGAAGCCUCCCGCAGCCAAGAAACCUGCCGCAAAGAAAGUUGCCAAGCCCAAAGCCAAGAAGGCAGCAGCACCCAAGAAGAAAGACGUUGAGGUUUUACUUGGCCUUGACGGGCUUCUCGGUCUUCUUGGGCAGCAGCACAGCCUGGAUGUUAGGCAGCACACCACCCUGAGCGAUGGUCACUCCGCCCAGGAGCUUGUUGAGCUCCUCGUCGUUGCGGACGGCCAACUGCAGGUGACGGGGGAUGAUACGGGUCUUCUUGUUGUCACGGGCGGCGUUGCCAGCCAACUCCAGGAUCUCAGCGGUCAGCAAGCCCGCAAACCCUCCGCUUUAUGUCUGCGCAGUGCGCGGGACGGAUCCUACCAGACCAACCAGAAAAGGGGCUUCCAUCAGAGGGCGGCCGCUCUGCAUUUUGGCGAACUUUUUGAACUGAUUUUCUCCAAUGAGCAGCAGGGACUCGGGCGGUGGGUUGCUCCUCCAGGCGAUGCUGAGCGUCAAGAGGAGCCCUUAACCAAUCGAGAGCCGGAGGUUUGCAGCAGCGUCACUAACUCCCAGCCGACCCAACAGCUUAAGAGCAGCGUCGCCUCCUCUCUUGUCUUUACUAUAUUUUCUCGUGUUCAGAGAAACGAAGAGGUAAUUAUGGCAAGAACCAAGCAGACUGCUCGUAAGUCUACCGGUGGCAAAGCCCCGAGGAAGCAGCUGGCCACCAAGGCUGCCCGUAAGAGCGCCCCGGCCACCGGCGGUGUGAAGAAGCCUCACCGUUACAGGCCCGGUACCGUGGCUCUGAGGGAGAUCCGUCGCUACCAGAAGUCUACGGAGCUGCUGAUCCGCAAGCUGCCCUUCCAGCGCCUGGUCAGAGAGAUCGCUCAGGAUUUCAAGACCGACUUGCGUUUCCAGAGCUCCGCUGUCAUGGCUCUGCAGGAGGCCAGCGAGGCUUACCUGGUCGGUCUGUUUGAGGACACCAACCUGUGCCGUAUAGUAAGAAUGAGUGGAAGAGGCAAAGGAGGAAAAGGACUCGGAAAAGGAGGCGCUAAGCGUCACCGUAAAGUCCUCCGUGAUAACAUCCAGGGAAUCACCAAGCCCGCUAUCCGCCGUCUGGCCCGCCGUGGUGGAGUGAAGCGUAUCUCUGGUCUGAUCUACGAGGAGACCCGCGGUGUGCUGAAGGUUUUCCUGGAGAACGUGAUCCGUGAUGCCGUCACUUACACUGAGCACGCCAAGAGAAAGACCGUGACUGCCAUGGAUGUGGUGUAUGCUCUGAAGAGGCAGGGCCGCACUCUGUACGGCUUCGGCGGCUAAACGCGACAACUUCUCAUCAACCAACAUCAAAGGUCCUUUUAAGGGCCACA